CUUCACUUCACGUUGAGGACUCACGCAGGGAGCGGAGAAGUUGUUGGGAACAGAAGCUGAUGAGAUGAGAGUUUGCGGGCUGGCAAGAAAGAAUCGAUUCAUGCGGCGAGCCGCUGACGUCACGGCGCGUGGGGUCCGACCGUGUCGCAGAGGUCCUCCUCAAAAGCGCCUCUCGCGCAUCGCCGGCACGUCACACCGCCGCCGCUUGUCCGCAUCUCGAAUCCGCUGCGCCCGCCGCCCGUCGUCAUCUUCACCAGUGCAGCCUCUCUGAUGGGAUUUGGGGAAAGAGACGACAUGUCUGCUCGUCACAGUCACGAGAUGAGUGCGGUGCUAAGGGUGUCGCACCUUCCUCUGGUCCGCUCGGCGCUGCAGUCGCUGACCUCGGUGUACUCGGAGGCCAAAAGUCGCUACCCGUUGCUGGGCCUGGUGGGAGGCGUGGCCGAGGUGGGGGUCCGAAACGCCUCCAUGGUGGCCUUGAGCAGUGCCGCGCCCCUCACGCAGACCCUCAGGCCUCAGAUUGAGGUGGCCAACAGUUUUGCUCUGGUGGGUCUGGACCAGCUGGAAAGGACCUUCCCCUUCCUCAACCAGUCCACCGACGAGGUGGUGGCUCACCUGAAGGACGCCUUCUUCCUGACUCUGGACGACAUGCAGCUGUGGGUGGUGGACGGGCUGGACGGAGCCCUGGACCAGAUGGAGCGUCUCUCUCACGCCGCCUGGGUGGCGGUGAGGCAGCUGCAGGACUCGCAGGUGGGACGCGCCGCCUCGUCGGGUCUGGACGACGUGCUCGGCCGCCUGGAGAACGCCAGCGCCUACUACAUGCCGCUACCGCCCACGCUCCGUCGCGAGUGGGAGACGAGGGUUCAGGAGUACGAGGACGAAGACGACGACGACGAGCCCGGUGUGUGGACGCGGGUCCGCAGCCUCCUCCUCAGCAUCGGCCUGCAGCUUUACCACCGCAUGGUCAAGGUCCGAGAACAGCUGGAGGACGCGUCCGGAACCCUGGGCGAUGCCGUCCAAGCGGUGGGGCUGGGGGCCGUCCUGGAUCUGCUGGGGCGGCUGCUGCAGUCCCUGCAGAGGCUGCUGGUGGCGCUGGUGUACCGCGCAGAGACCCUGAGGGAACUGAGCCUGGGCCGGCUUCGGGAUCAAGCCCUCACGCUGGCGGAGCUCCGUCCCGUGCGGGAGAUCCGAGAGCUCCCGUUUCAGGUCCGGCGGCUCCUCUGGGAUCUUCGGGAGCUCUCCAAGAUCCUCGUGCAACUCGUCGUCAACGCCACGCCGCUCUACAACGUGCUCCAGCAGCCGUCCGACAAAGAGGUGGAGGACUUCCUGAACCGGGAGGACUUCCGCUCGGACAGCUCGUCCCGCCGCGGCUCGGCUAACAGCCUCUUCCUGAAGGCCAUGGACGGACGUCCUCGCCGGCGCAAGAGUCUCUUCUCCAAGGCCGUCCGCAGCCCGGGCCCCGACCCCGCCGCCUCGGGCCGCCGCUCCAGCCUGAAGCAGGACUCGGAGGCGGACGGCUCCCCCGUGCCUUCCGACUGCGCCGCCCAACGCCGCCCGUCCGCCACCGAGCUCAUCCUCACGCCGCUCAAGCAGUUAGUUUCGCAGAGCCAAAGGGCUUUCGAGUACCUCAACCCCAACUCCGCAGAAAAGUCCAUCAACAGCGCCGCCGACUGACCGACGAGCCCCCGCCGCCACCCGCCGCCCCCGCUCCCGCUCCUGACAGAUUAGAUAACUCCCAGUUGAUGUCGGUCAGCGCGUUCGCCUUCUCCAACGGAACCGUCGCAAAACUACCUUAAGCUCAGCGCUCGCUCUCACUCUACGCACGCAGCACUUCCGCGUUUGGGGUUAGGAGGUGUGCCAACGUUCGGUCGCCGGGCGAACGCAUCGAACCUGACAACGUGGGAAACAUUUUGAAACUAAAACCGAUGUUGGCGGGCGCCGCUACCCUUUUGUCUUUAAAAAGUCAUCACCUUUGAUGAAAUUUCAACCUUGAAAAGUAUCAGCAUCGAACGACUGAAUAUACCCACGACAAAUGACACAAGCCCACGUCAUCGCGCAUUUCCAGAAUGAGGGUUCUUUUUCUGUCAGAUGGCUUGAAAAAGACGCAACGCGGAAACCGCUACACCUCCUCACCUUUCCGCCGGAAAGGCUCCACGUGUUGCCGUGCAUACGGUCCGUUCCGCUUCCCUGGACUCUCGCUCGACCGCCGCAGCGCCUGCGAGGACCGACGUCACGCCACUCCACGCGUUGAGAAUUCCGCUUCCUUCGACUCUCACUUGACCGCACGUGCCGCCUGCGAGGCGAGGCCAGCUUCCGAAGCCUCGGAAUUCUGAGCGAUUGUGGCUAAACGGCAAACACGAAAUGCUAACGGUUACGCCAAGAGGAACGACUAUGCCUGAUAUCUGCUAACUUGUAAACCGGUCACAUGACAGGUGGUAGAGGUCAUAGGUUGUGGGGGCGUGUGUGUCAGCGAUGUCCUCCAAUAAAGCUUGCAGUACCUUCA